AUGUCCGAGGCUUAUUUUCGGGUGGAGUCGGGGGCGCUGGGACCUGAGGAGAACUUUCUUUCCUUGGACGACAUCCUGAUGUCCCACGAGAAGCUCCCGGUACGCACAGAAAUACCCAUUCCACGCCUCGGCGCUUUCUUCCCGGAGCGGAGCGGAGGGGCUGACACAGACAACGCGAUCCCCCAGGGCUCCAAGCUGGAACUCCCCUUGUGGCUAGCUAAAGGGCUUUUUGACAACAAGCGGCGGAUCCUCUCUGUGGAGCUUCCCAAGAUCUACCAAGAGGGCUGGAGGACUGUGUUCAGUGCAGAUGCCAAUGUGGUGGACCUCCACAAACUGGGGCCCCACUUCUAUGGGUUUGGCUCCCAGCUCCUGCAUUUUGACAGUCCAGAGAAUGCAGACAUUUCCCAGUCUCUCCUACAGACGUUCAUUGGACGCUUUCGCCGCAUCAUGGACUCCUCCCAGAACGCGUACAAUGAAGACACUUCGGCACUGGUAGCCAGGCUGGACGAGAUGGAGAGGGCCUUGUUUCAAACAGGGCAGAAAGGACUGAACGACUUCCAGUGCUGGGAGAAGGGGCAGGCCUCUCAGAUCACAGCGUCCAACCUCGUUCAGAGCUACAAGAAGAGGAAGCUCACUGGCCUGGAGAACUGA